UGUCUGAAAAAUUUACUCUUCAUGACAGAUUUUUGAGGCAUCUUCUAUAAAAUGUUAUACUUUGUCUUUUUGCUUAUGCAGUUUAAAGAAAUCUUCAGCUGAGCUUAAGAAGAUUUUGACAAAUAGACAGGUUAUUCCUCUCGACAUCACAGUGGAGCUGCAGAAGCAGAUCAUGUCAGAGCUUGAGAUCCUUUACAAGUGUGAUUCUCCAUACAUCAUAAAGUUCUACAGUGCUUUCUUUGUGGAGAACAGAAUAUCGAUAUGCACUGAGUUUAUGGAUGGUGGCUCUCUGGAUGUCUACUGGAGAAUCCCAGAGCAUGUUUUGGGCAGAAUUGCUGUCGCAGUGGUAAAAGGAUUAACGUACCUCUGGAGCCUGAAGAUUUUACAUAGAGAUGUGAAACCCUCCAACAUGUUGGUUAACACACAGGGUCAGAUCAAACUGUUUGACUUUGGAGUCAGCACACAGUUGGCACUGGGAUCUUUUCCAUAUCCACAGGUGAGUCUACUUCAUCAAUCCAAAUACCAAUUUAACCAAUUUAACUUUUUAACCAAUUUAACAUUUAGCUCUUAAAUACUCAAUAGUUCUUCACCCCAGAGGCACGGCGGACACUCGCUCCUUCGUGAUCUUAGUCUAUGGGUAGUGAUUUACUGGUUGUUCACCCAACAAUUGCUCAUCCCACAAUUGCUCAUCCCACAAUUGCUCAUCCAAUUCUUGUACACUCAGAUUACAUUACAUUGCAUACAGUACUGCAGACCUGCUCCAUUCCUCAAUCUCAACAACCCUGUAAUCAGAUUUCAUGCAGGGAUUUGUCAAGAUUAUCCCAUUUUAAGAAUGACAAUCCCAGAUUAUAAUCCGGAUUCAUUUGGAGGUUCCUAGUUUAAGAACCACAUAGUACCCAAUGCACAAAGCAUGUCAUUUUAUGGUGCCUUUAGUAUGUCAUGGUGUAGAUGUAUUGUGUGUUUAAAACACUUACAGUAGUUCUACAUGUUUAAUUAUACGGUGUCAAAAAUUAUGUUGUAUUUUCAAAAUGAAUCCCUCUCUAAUUAAUAAAUUAGAUCAGGUCCAAAGUCGGCCUUGGAGGGCCACUGUCCUGCAAAGUUUAGCUCCAACCUGCCCCAACACACCUGUCUGAAAGUUUCUAGUAUGCCUAGUAAAACUUUAAUUAGAUGGUUCAGUUAUGUUUAACUGGGGUUGGAGCUAAACUCUGUUGAACAGUGGCCCUCCACAGGACUGGACACCCCUGAGUUAGAUCUAUGAACUGCUUAUGGCGCUUUUCCAUUACCAGUACCAGCUCAACUCGACUGGACUAGACUCGCCUCAUCUCGGCUCAGUUCGCUUUUCGCUCUGUUUUCCAUUGCAGAUAGUACCUCCAUGAUAAUACCUGGUAGUCAUAGUGAUGCCGCAGGAAACUGCCGUGACGUAAUCUUCUACGCGACACACCCCUGCUUCCCACACACACAGGACAAUGGAGGAAAUCAAGUGUAUGAAUGAAACACCUCCUCGUUUGACCACGGCGUAUUCUUCCGAGUACGCAAUCUCCGGUCAAACUAUUUAAAAAUGGCGGGGGUUAUUCAGGAUUCUCCAUCUGGCACGUGCAAUGAUGACGCAGUGAAUAGUAAUGAUUCUCUCUGACCAAUCAGCAGUCUGCCGUGUUUUCACGUCACA